AACGGUAUAAGUGCCUCUACUCUACGCUGAGCUGUUAACCUGCAAUUACUUCGUCCUGGGUAUAAUUUUAAUCUGCAGGUCCUCCAAAUUGCAUGGAAAAUGCCGGAGUUGAUGGCAGGACUGGCACUUCAGCCACCGUAAAAAUAAACCUAAUACUGUUCCUAUCCCGCUGCACUUAACUCCCAUUCCAGGUUGUUCGUCGUAGAGGGUACGGCAAGGCGAUAUCAUAUCGAUAAAGUGCACGCAUAAAAAGACCUUGUCAACUGCAAAGUGAAUGUUUUAAACAGCACUGCUCAGUAUCACCAAUGAAGGGUGUUAAACCAACACGACGGAGUGCUGUAUAAUUCUGUCCUCAUUCUUUGGAGCGGUAUCUCUUUGCCUCAUUUCCCCCUCAGAGGCAUCGGGUGCUAUGCCGCAGACAUGUUGGCCCGAAAGAGCAUCAUUCCGGAGGAGUUCGUGUUGCCCGGCAUCGCCCCUGCACUGCUCCGCAAGCCCCGCUUCCGGGAGCGGCCGCGAAAACCGCGCUUCAUCGCCAAGAACGGCGCGUGCAACCUGGCGCACAAGAACAUUCGCGAGCAGGGGCGCUUCCUGCAGGACGUCUUCACCACCCUGGUGGACCUCAAGUGGAGGUACACACUGGUCAUCUUCACCAUGUCCUUCCUGUGCAGCUGGCUGCUGUUUGCCAUGAUGUGGUGGCUUGUGGCCUUUGGUCACGGGGACUUCGACUACACGAAGACGGGAGCAGAGCCUUGCGUGACCAGUGUCAAGUCCUUCACGUCAGCCUUCCUGUUUUCAAUUGAAGUACAAGUGACUAUUGGUUUUGGGGGUCGGAUGGUGACAGAACAGUGCCCCAUGGCCAUUACUGUUUUGAUUUUUCAGAACCUUGCUGGAUUAAUCAUUAAUGCUGUAAUGCUGGGCUGUAUCUUCAUGAAGACAGCCCAGGCACACAGGAGGGCAGAAACCUUAAUCUUCAGCAGGAAUGCUGUCAUUGCAGUGCGUAAUAACAGACUGUGCUUCAUGUUUCGCGUGGGAGACCUGAGGAAGAGUAUGAUCAUUGGGGCAACAGUUCGGAUGCAGGUUGUGAAAAAGACUGUCACUCCUGAGGGAGAAGUCAUUCCCAUUCACCAGAUAGAUAUUCAAAUGGAGAAUCCCAUUGAAACCAAUAACAUUUUUCUUGUAGCACCACUAACUAUCUGCCAUGUGAUUGAUAAAACCAGUCCACUGUAUUGUCUGUCAGCUGCUGACCUACUCAGCAAUGACAUUGAGGUUAUUGUGAUCCUUGAAGGUGUUGUAGAGACUACAGGCAUUACCACACAGGCCAGAACUUCUUAUGUUGCAGAGGAAAUUCAGUGGGGCCAUCGUUUUGUGCCUAUUGUGACUGAGGAAGAAGGAGUGUAUGCUGUGGACUAUUCCAAAUUUGGGAACACAGUGAAAGUGGUUGCCCCUCGCUGCAGUGCCAAGGAACUUGACGAUAAACCAUCCAUUUUAAUCCAGACUCUUCAAAAGAGUGAACUUUCACACCAGAACUCCUUACGAAAGAGGAACUCCAUGCGGAAGAACAACUCCAUGAGACGAAACAAUUCAAUUAGAAGGAAUAACUCUUCCCUCAUGCUGCCGAAGGUUCAAUUUAUCACUCCAGAAGGAAGCCAAAAUAUGUCAGAUACGUGACACACUCUGAUGAAUUUUGCUCUCAGCACUGAUCAGCAUGGGCAGAUUUUGUUUACAAAUUUUGGAAAGCACAUUCAGUGCUGCAGAUCAGGUUUCUGUUAGAGGGUUAUGGGCAUGAUGAUUUUAUAGAACUGAUAACGUACAUUAAAGAAACAAAUAUGCAAAAGGUUUACAAAAUAGUAUGAAACGAUGCAUUUUAUAAUAUUAUAGAAGGUAUGUAAUAUUUACAUAUCACUACAAUUUAACAUUAAAUUGUCUGGCCUUGCAUGCCUGAACAGUAACAUUUUAAAACCAAGAAUGAACUUUUAUUUCCAGUUUUUAUGGUACUUGUUAUUUGAAGCAAUACUAUAUACAGUAAACAUUUUGCUAAAUGUAAAAAAUAAGAUCUCUGACCAAAAAUGCAUUGCAUCUGUGUAUUUUUUAAGCAAUGUAUUUGUUGUUGAGAAUUAACAAAAUGAAGGGGUAAAAUGUUGAUAUUGAAAGAAUAUUAGCAUCAAGUUUCACAACAUGUUAAAAGAAUAUAUUCAGUUAUUGCAACAGGACUCUAAUCGUGUGUAACGGCAACCCUAAAAAUAGGGCUGGCAUGACCACACCCACAAGUAGGUAGUUCAUUGAAAGCAGUGGCAUUCAGCAGUCAAAAUUAUACAACCCCUUCUAUAGUGAAUUUUAUUACUUGUAAUAAUUUUUACAAUUUGUCAAGGUCACAUAAACAAAGACAUAGCACUAAUGGUAGUUCAAUCACUGAGCCUACAGUAAUAUUUUCAGUUUAUUUCAAGGAUUGCUAGAUGUCAUUUCAAUUUGAUUGCUGGAUGGAUAAACAGAAAAAUAUUUUAGUUGCAAUCAACUAUCAUCCUCUCCAGGGGAGUCAUGUAUAAAACGGUUUGGAAUCGUGUGUGAAAAUGUGCACACAGCAAAAAAUAGGAAAAUGUGAAUGUCAAAAAAAAUAGAUUUAUGAAUCCUGGUGUACACACAUUUCUGCACAAUUUACCAUUUAUAACUCACAAUCACUUUAUAAAUAUUCAUAUGUGAAUGCGCCUUAAACACUGCCCUAAAACAUCCAUAUAUGGAGCAUGCUUAUGUAACCACAAUGCUGCAGAAAUUCCUUGGUUGGUUUUCCUUCUGACAUACCAAGAUCCCACCACUUGCAUUCAAGAGUCUGGCUGUGCUGUGCAACAAAGAGGACAAGGUUAUGUGUGGCAUUAUAGUUCCUCUUCUCUGUACUCUAAAAAGGUGUGGGUAAGGUGUAAGGCACCACUCUUUGUGCGAGUAGCCGCUAUCACCAGGCACAAGUAAUGACAUGACUGCUGUUACAAUGAAUAGUACAGGCCAUAUGAAACACUGAGGGUUCAGCCAGUUAUCUUACCAAAACGACAGACACCACAUGCAACAACAUCACAUCUGUCAAAGCUACAGAUUUGCCUCAAAAUAAAUGAAUCACACGUUGACCCAGGCCAUUGACGCACAAUGUUUGCCAGUCACAUCUUGGAUGACUUGUGCAUUAAUGAAAUGUAACUGCUUACAGUUAGCAAAAGCAGCUUAAUUCUUACCAGGUGCCCUUAUUGCAAUAUGAGUGCAGUAAAGUGCUCCAAUUACAUUAGGAGAAGCAGACUCUGCUGCAAAUUCCCUUUUUAUUUUCAUUUUUAUUUUUUUUUUUAAUGAAUGUACACCCACACCAUACUAAAACUAGAUAUAGUGCCUUACUGGUCAGUUAAUUGGCUUCCAGGACAGCAGGCACAAUGAAGUGAAACUUAAUGGAGUUAUUCCUGACCUGUCAGACAGUUCCCUGAGAAGUGAUAACAGGUAGUUGAUAUAAACUGAUGAAGAAACAUAAAAUGUAAUCAGUGCAUAUACAUAGAAUUGGCCCUCUUAAAAGGCAACUAAAAUAGAGUCUGUACAUCAUAUUCAUUCAUUUUCAGGUGUCAUAUAUAUGUCACAUCAAUACACAUUAUAACAACGGUUCAGUGAUAAGAAUUAUUAUUCAUGCAAUUUCUGAUUAGCUGGUUUGGCUGCAUUUCCCUACUUGAUCAAGGGUAUUGUCAUUUUCCAGUUUCUCUGAAAUGUUGCAUACUCAUGUUUUAGAGUUGCCGUCAAGUGUUCUUUUAUAAAUCCUGACGUUUGCAAAGAGAUGUUGCAUACACACAUUUCAAGUCUCUCAGUUUUACAAAUGAGGUUUGAUUCCUGGCUUGUACCUCCUAUUGUGCCUAGUAUAAUCUACACUUGAUGGAAUAAAAGUAAGUGUAGGUAGACUUGUUAAGGAUUGAUUCUGACAGAUCAUUAAAGUGUUUUUUAAAUAUGAAUUACAUUUUGCCCUAAUUAACUCAUCAUUUCAAUGAAUCUGGCAGAUAUGAGAAAAAGGAUGGAGUGAAAAUAAGAACAGUUUUGAUGAGAACAGAGCAUUCCACAUACCAUAUAGUUUGUCAAUUUAUUUUUAACUAACUUCUGCAGAAUAUCAUUAUGUCACGAUAAGUAGGUCUGCAAAGUACUGCUAUCAAUCACACUACUUGACACUUCAUUCCACAUGUCUAUGGUGUUCUCUUUGAAAAAAAAAUCUAGUAUUUGUGUCCAAUUUUACCCUUAACCAGCUUCUAUCAUUGAAUUAGCUUGAACAGGCUAUAUGCACACUCUCUUACACAUUUCGCUUCAGCCAUGUUCUUCACUUCUGGUGCUGAUAUCAAAACAGACUAGCUAUGGCAUUUUUCACCCGAUCGCUUCAAGAUGUGCCCAGACUUGCCAAACGUCACAAGCUAAAAAGGAGAAGGACUUAAAAAUAUAUCUUUCAAGCUACAUCCGCAAUUAGAAGGUAAGAUCUGGAUGUAUUAAAAAAUUGUGUCUACUAUGAACCUAUAUGGGACUAAUACGUGAUUACAUUAGGCUACUUUAAAAAAAACAAUUUUAAUAAUUAGUCAUUAAACUUUAUUCAGGGACAGGUGAAUAUGUAUGUCAACUUAAUACAUAAUUACAUGAGUCUGCUGGACAUCUUACUCUUUAAAAAAGUGAAUGUCUCUGUCUGUGCCAGCAAAACGGUGAAUGCCAAACCGCUGCUUCAUUCUAAGGGUCUCAAUUUGUUUCCUCAGCUUGAGGAUCUCACUGACAGACAUUUUUCAUCAAGUGCUAUAUCAACAAGUGGAUCCAGAGAUGAAGUGUAGUCAUGGUCCAUGAGGAUUUUAUCAUCUUCCUCUAUGCACAGUGUGUCAUCCUCUGUUGGUCAUUUCUCUUCUCCCAAACCCCAGUUCUUGAAAGUGGAAGGCAGAAAUUGUUCCACUCAAACAAUGCAGGAACUGCUCCUUUCUUCAACAGUCGUUGCCCUGUCUCAGACCCGGGCACACAAAAAUCCUGUUCUUUUAAAUUCCUGCUACAGACUUGGGUAUGGGAAUUAAAUGUAAAGCUCUCGCUCCAAUAAAUAGAUUGGUGACAAUCUAUUUAGAUCGGGUUUCUGCAUUUAUGAAAACUAAGUACCUUGCUGUACUUACUGGAAGCAUAAAGGUACGCAACAAUGUUCAGCUGUAGAGCUGUCUGUAUGCUGCAACUUAACUUUCUUUUUCUCAGAUAUUCUCACUAUGAAAACAAAAAUCACAACUGCGAUACAGACAAUAGAAGUACAUCAGUACUACCGUGUGCUUAUAGCGUAUCGUAGAUUUACAUCAUACAACAAUGUACGAAUUUCCUUCAUCAUUUAGAACAUUUUCAUCCUAUUUUGUCUUGACCUUUGUUUGCUUAAACUGAAAAGAUUCAGCACCUUCAAUAUUUCAUGCCUUAUCAAGCCCAUAGUCCUAUAAUCAACCUAGUUGCUCUUCUCUGGACUUUCUCUAGAACAGCUAUAUCUUUUUUGUAGUAUGGCGACUACAACUGGACACAAUACACUGGAAAUGAUAUACUCUCCUCACAGACUUGUAGUAUGGUAGUUAAGCAUGAUUCCCCUCAUCCAGUGUCAGUGCUAGCUUAAUUUUGCGCCCUAGACCAAGCUUACUAGUGUGCCAACCAACUGUUUGGUAGCUAACCUGUGCGGCUGAGCAUGAUCUGCACCCUAGGCAAAAGCCUAAUUCAACUCAUCUAAACCUAUGUAGACUGUUCACUAACACAUUUGUACUUGUUAGAUGUUUGAGCUUCUCUUUGUAAUCAUUUCCAUUAAUUUACCUAUGAUAAACUUUAAGCUUACUAGCUAAUAGAAUGACUCUAAUUAUUAUUUCACAUCAUUUCCUUAAUUAGAAGUUUUACUUAUUAAGUGGAACUAUGCAUCUGAGUUCUGUAGGGUGGAAGCUGUCACAUAACUCAUAAGCCAAGGAUACUGUUCCAAACUAGGAUGCCUUCUUAGUGCAAGUGAGGGUCUUAUGCCCAAAGACCUGAUGUCAGAUCGUGUGGUUCUUCCAACUUUUUCAAGUGUAUAUGUGUUUAUAUGUGUUCUGUUACAUACUGGUUUCUCUUGUUUUCUGUAGUAUAUUUGUCAUUAUUUCUUCUACCAACAUUAAAAAUACUUAUCCAAAAUGUUUAGUUAACUUUAAGGCGGUGGUAAAGAUAUGUUUAUUGGAGGACAGGAACAUGAUAAAUAUUAGGCAAACAAAAGGAAGGAUUGAUCUGGUUUGUUUAGUAAUAAGGCCUCUGAUGUGGCUCCAUCAUCUCUAAGCCUCACUGUACCAAGAGAAUGGUAAAAAUGAGCAGCAUUAAUUCUAUAUAUAAAAUUGAUUAA